AAUUCCUGUGUUUGUCACAGUGUAUCAUGUUGGUGAGGAGUUACUCUGUGGAUAAUUGGCGGUAGCACGCCGGCUGAUUUGCAAGAUUACGUUUUUUUUUUUUUUUUAAAUUGAUUUAAUUUGCGCUACCGCGGAGUGAGACAGUUGGAGCUUCGAGGGCGCUCCGUGUUUCCAAAGCCCAAAAUAGUCGCUGUCAGAAGGACUACUGUUUUGUUGAUGUCAUCCGUGGCAGAGCUGUAGCGACCUUCAGUUUCUAGACAAGAAAACAAAGACGUGUUUUUGUUUUUUUAAACCCCUCUCCUUUGUUUUGUUUCGUCAGUGGCAAUAUAGGAACGAAGAUGGGACUAUUGCUCCGCGGCAUCCUGCUGUUAUCGGCUUGCACUUUCACAGCAGGUGUAGAUUUUCAGCUGGGCUUCAAGCCCUUCGGGCAGUCAGGUUUUGUGAGGCGUUCAACAACUGAAGGGAAAGCUGCGAAAAUCGUAAAGAGGUCUCUGCCCGCAUGGCUGGCUCCAUCACCAAACCACAAGAUAAAAAGAAGAAGCACCGAAGAGGACGACUCGUGUAAAGCUCUUCAAGGAUAUGUCACCAAGUUGGACGCCAACACCCACGAUUUUGAAUUCCAUGACCUGAGUGGCUCGGUGUCGCUGGCUUGGGUUGGAGAUGGCACAGGGGUUAUUCUGGCCUUGACGACAUUUCAGGUCCCGUUCUUCAUGGUAAAACUUGGACAGUCGAAACUCUAUCGAAGUGAGGACUACGGCAAGUCAUUUCAGGAUGUAACCGGCCUCAUCAACAACACCUUCAUAAGAUCAGAGUUCGGCAUUGCAAUCAGCCCCAAUAACUCAGGCAAAGUGAUUCUGACAGCUGAAGUGUCUGGAGACCUCAAGACCCGCAUUUUUGUCUCUGAGGACUUUGGAAAGAGCUUCACCGACCGGAACUUGCCUUUCAACCCCUUGACGCAGAUCACGUACAACCCUGAGAAUUCCAGUGUGCUGGUUGUCCUCAGCAACGACUAUGAGCUGUGGCUGUCUGAAGACUUUGGCGUAAAUUGGAAAAACAUUCACAGAAUGGUGUGUCUGGUAAAAUGGGGAAGAAAAAAUACAAUCUACUUUACAGCCAGCCUCAACGGCUCCUGCAGUGAUCGAGGAAUGCUGGAACUGAGGAGGACGACCAACUAUGGCAAAACCAUCAAGACUGUUGCCAGUAAGAUCUACUCUUUUGGCCUUGGCGGACGCUUCCUCUUUGCAUCUGUAAUGACGGGAAAGGGCACCCUGCGGACAAUCCACGUAUCAGUGGAUCAGGGUGAUAGUUGGAACAUUGCCCAGCUGCCUCCUGUUGGUCAUGAGCAGUUCUACUCUAUCCUGGCAGCGAACGAUGAAAUGGUCUUCAUGCAUGUUGACGAGCCAGGAGAUACUGGAUUUGGUACAAUCUAUGUGUCAGACGACCGAGGUACUGUGUAUUCCAAGUCACUGGAGCACCACCUUUACACCACUACGGGGGGAGAUACGGAUUUCACUAAUGUUACUUCUCUACGAGGAGUUUUUAUCACCAGCGUCCUGGCUGAAGAUAACUCUGUGCAGUCUGUGGUGUCCUUUGACCAGGGAGGGGAGUGGGUACCCCUCCAGAAACCUGCCAACAGCAAGUGUGAUGCUACAGCCAAGGACCCAGACAAGUGCAGUCUUCACAUCCAUGCUGCCUACAGUACUUCUCAGAAGCUCAACAUCCCCAUGCUCCCUCUGACUGAACCAAAUGCUGUGGGUCUCAUCAUAGCUCACGGAAGUGUCGGUGAUGCUAUCUCAGUGAUGAGACCAGAUGUGUAUGUGUCUGAUGAUGGUGGCUAUACCUGGAUAAAGGCUCUUGAUGGACCCCAUCACUAUGCUAUUCUGGACUCAGGAGGUCUGCUGGUGGCCGUGGAGCACAGCGUGACAAACCCUGUCAACAAGAUUAAAUUUUCUACUGAUGAAGGACAGUGCUGGAAUGAGUACAACUUCACCAACGAUCCCAUCUUCUUUACUGGACUUGCAUCAGAGCCAGGAGCACGUUCUAUGAAUGUUAGUAUCUGGGGCUACAGAGACUCUUACCUCAGCCAGUAUUGGACCUCGUUUACCAUUGACUUCAAAGAACUUCUUACUAGAACAUGUGGAGACAAUGACUAUGUGCAGUGGUUGGCCCACUCUGAUGAUAUCAGUGAUCCCAAUGAUGGUUGCUUGCUCGGUUACAAAGAGAAGUUCUUGCGUCUAAGGAAGGACUCGGUUUGCUGGAACGGGCGCGAUUACAUAGUCAACACCCAGCCAACCCCGUGUUUAUGCACCCUGGAUGACUUCAUGUGUGACUUUGGGUACUACCGUAAAGAGAACAGCUCGGAGUGUGUGGAGCAGCCGGACCUGAGAGACAAAGUGUUGGAGUUCUGUCUGCAGGGCAAAGAGGAGCAGCUGCAGACUAGUGGCUACAGGAAAAUCCCUGGGGAUAAAUGUGAAGGAGGAGAGGUGCAUUUGCGUAAAGAGAUCGACCUCAGCAAGAGAUGUGUGAGUGACCUAGUCGGCCCGGAACUUCUGGUGGACAAUAAGGCCUCCAAGUCUGUGCCCGUUGUGAUAACAGUCGUCAUAGUCCUGAUUCUGAGUAUUGCAGCAGGAGUAGUCUUUGUCAAGAAAUAUGUCUGCGGUGGCAGGUUCUUGGUUCACAGGUACUCUGUGCUACAGCAGCAUGUUGAGGCCAGUGCUGCUGAUGGGAUAGACGAACCGCUGGAGACCAACCACACUCAAAAUGGCAAAAUAGAGUUUCAUGAUGACUCAGAUGAGGAUCUGCUUGAAUAGCAGGCACAACCUGUCAAGCAACUGAGCAACAGGUUUCUUACAGGGCCCCGUGGCCUGCCGCUGUUCCUGAUGCUCUUUUUGUCUCCAGAUACUUUUCUUUUCACCUUUUAGUAUAAACUUUGGCCUUGGCUACAGAUUAAGAAUCUGUCCUUCUGCUGUCAUUGGUUCAGUCUAAUGAAUGUACAGAGGCUCUCUGAGACUAAUGCCACAGUUGAGGAGCAUUACAACGAAGGUCUUAUUGUGUUUUGCUUCAGUUAUUGAUUCUGUUGAGUGAGUUUGAAUCCCAAAGUUAUUUAUUUUUAGGAGAUAAAGAAAUUAUACCAUAAUCUAAAGCUGGUUGUAUAAAUCCAUCGCCACUGCGUUACGGGUUCCUCCUCUUCCAUCACCUUGGAGUGCACCUGGAAAUAUUUCACACUUCUUUUCUCAUGCACUUGUACAUAAACCUGUUUUUCUUUGCCAUUUUUUGAUGUGGUAUCAGUUUGGUAAGUGUUUAAAAAAGCAAAACAAAAAAAAAAGGUUGUUGAAUGGUUGGUAAUUCUUUUGGAACACUUGACUCUUAACCUACUUUUAACAAACUAUUUGUUUGUCAAAAACUGUCCUUCAAUAUUGAGGGCUUUAUAAAUUUGGGGUCUUAAGCCUGACCAAAAUGUGAAAUCUUGUAUUUGGAAUACCAGCGUCCAAAUGUUUGGCACACUUCUUCUUUAAAGUAAUAAGGCAUGUGGAAAUUUCCAUGUCCAUAGCAUUUUAUAGCAAUAAAAUUCUCCGUGCACAUCAAAAAAAAUUCUGUAGUAACAUGUUAUUUUUAGGUUUGUUGGAUGAAUCGAUGUCGUUGUGCAUUAACUGCAAGGGUAGUAAAGUAUGUCUGUUUCAGGACAGAAAUUGUUUAAAUUGUUGUCUGCAGUUCGAAUUGCCUAAAGCACAAGGCCUCCUGUAAUGCUAAGAGUUUGUAGUAUAACAUUUUUCUUAAACCUGACCUGUUGUGAUGAGACAAAUGAUCACUGUAGUCAUAUAAUUGUCAUGUUUGUAACAAUUUCAGCAGUUUUGGUACUAAUCAACUUUUGCAAAUUAUAUAACAAUUAACAGAUUGCAGUUCAAAGAUGUUCAGAAACAAAUAUAGUUUUAGAGUAAAAAUUACAGAAUUACAUAAUUUUUUAAACCACACAAACAUAUAACCAAGUUAAUCAACAUUAUUUGGUUCUGGAAAUAUAGCAAUAUGAAAACCAACAAAUCUAUAUAUGUUGUAUAGCAUAACUCCUGCUGUAACCAUGGCUGGAUAAGAGCCAAAGCCAUGCCAAGACUGUUUUGUUUGGUGGGUGGAUCUCUGCAUUUGAAGCUGUAGUGAACUACUGUUUUGUUUUUAAUCAGUCUUAAUGACUCUGUCUUAUGUUGUUUGUUGUUUUGUUAAACAUUUGUUGCACAAUUAUUUGUCUGUCUUGUUUUAAAGUUUAAUUUAUUGGUGAAAAGCUGGUUCAGAGUGCAGUAAAUUGGAUGUGGUUAUACAAGUGCCUGGUGUGAGGACCUAAUGUGUGGCCAGCAUCUAUUUACUGAUAUUUUUUUUAUUUUAAAAUUUAUAUCAUCUGAUAUGUAAUCAGUUUCAUCCUGUAUGUCAGUGACAUCUCUAAGUUGCACUUGUUGCCUAAGAAUAAUUUUUGAGCAGUAAAUGUCUGUUUUAUAUGAGCUCCCACCGAACUGCAUGUUAACUCUCAAUAAUACUUAUAUCUACAGCUGUGAAAAGAAAAUGACCUGUAAUAACUUGGUUAUUCUUUUUUUUUUUUCUAUGUUGGUAUGAGAUUUAAUACUGGCUACUUUGACAAGAGAGUGAUCUUGAAUAAAAGCAGAGUGGACACAGGGUUAUCAUGUAGCUGCUUUACACUGGAAGAGACCUGGCGAGUUCUUAUUACGACCAUUUAUUGCUUUAGGUGAAGGUAACACACUUUUUCUUAAAAUUAAAACUGCUGUAUAAAUGAAGAAGUCAUUGUGAUGGUUCUGUACAUAUACAAGGUUACACCUUUUUAUCUGAUAUGUUUCUCUUUUCUGUAUAUUUGAGACAAUUUUCUUUGGGUUUGCCAAUAAAUUCAUAUGUUCCUCUA